CAUGGACGAGAUAGUGCGCCAGCGUGUGAAACAGCGCCGUCUAGAAGAGGAACGUGUUGGCUAUGCUGUCAUAGGGAGGUUUUUAGCAAAUGCCGUGCCAACAUCAUUCCCAGCUGAUUACUUAUCAAAGGUAGGAGCCAGGGAACAAGGAAACGCUAAUUGUGUUUUCAGUGUCCCCGGAAAUGAUAGGGAUGGCGCUUAUCGAUAUCGAGGAACGAUCCAGGCGGACUUUGAAUUCAACAAGGCUUUGCACAAGGUGCACAUGUCGCGGCUGACUCCAUCAGGAACAUCAGAAAACUCGUUAUGUGGGCAAUUGGAUUAUGUCCUACACAAGUUGCCAAACUUACUGAGAGACACAGUGCUCUGUUCACAUGAUUGUUCUGGCUUGAAUCUGCCUUUCAGUGCACUUGUACUAGACAUUGAAACUACCGGAUUAUCCCCGAACAUUGACCAAAUCAUAGAACUAGGCUGCGUCGAACUGCGAUGGAAUGGGUGUGGGGUGUGUACAAAGGACGUCAUCCCUGAAGGCUGCUUGACUGGUCAGUGGGUGCGUGGGAGUCGUACGUUUCAUCGCCUUGUGCGCCCUACAGUGGCCGUGACUCGCGCUGCAGCAGCAGUCCACAGCCUCUCAGAUGAGACACUUCGAAGAGCAUCCUGCUGGAGAGAUGUCUCGAAGGAAUUGAGGGAUUUCUGUGGCUCCCUUCAAGCACCGUAUACUGAGGCGCCGAAUUCACUUACAUCACACAGAAGAGGCGAUGGGGACGCAGCCCGAGAUUCCUUUAUUCUGCCGCCACUGAUUGCUCACAACGCGCAGUUUGACGGUGCCUUCCUCGAGAAGUGCCUGAUGCGGCUUGGAUACAGGGUGUUAUGGCACCCCCUCUACCCGAUCACCUGCACCGAACGGUUGUCGCGGCAGCUGUAUCCGAAAUACGCGUCGAAUUUGGAUCAGGUGAGUAUAUAUCUUGGGGUCUCGGGGGCAAUUCAGCGGAUGCAGAGUUCACACUCCGCGUACAGGGAUGCUAUUCAGUGCGCAAAAGUCUUUUUACGAUUGGCGCAAGAUAUUAGCGUCCAUCAGUGCGAGAAGCCAACGAAGCGAUAGUAAUGGCGACUUUAAUCUCAUAGAUUGGCUUCGCUGACAUGAAACGCAUUUUUUAUCUGAAGUUUAGUCGUUCAAAAAGGAUGAACCGUCGUAGUUUUACGCCCCUUGGUAUGCGCAUCAUUAGUUUAGAAUCGUAUUAACCUUUUUGGUU